AUGACAGAAACAAAUGGCAACGCGGCGCCUUUUCUCGGCCAGCUCAAAACCGAUUCAGUCGCAGACUGCAUUGGAGCGACGCCAUUAGUCCGCCUGAACCGCCUUCCAAAAUCACUUGGUAUCAAAGCGCAGGUGUAUGGAAAACUCGAAUACUUUAACGCCGGCGGGUUAGUAAAGGACCGAAUCGCGAGGCGCAUGGUUUACAAAGCGGAAAUGGACGGGAAGAUCAAGCCUGGAGAUACAUUGAUUGAGGCUUCGAGCGGCAAUACUGGAAUCGCGAUUGCUAUGAUGGCGGCCGUCAAAGGCUACAAAUGUAUUAUCACGCUGUCAGAGAAGAUGUCGCUUGAAAAAGAGCAAAUUUUGAAAGCUCUCGGGGCAACCGUUACAGAGAUUCCGAACUCAUUCAUCUUGAAUCAAUACACCAACCCUGAGAACCCGGCUGCAUAUGAAUUCGGGACUGCAGAGGAGUUGUGGCAUCAGACAGAAGGGCAGGUCGACGUGGUAAUUAGCGGAGCUGGUACUGGAGGAACAGUUACAGGCAUCGCUAGGGGUUUGAAGAAACAUAGCAAGGAUAUCCUGAUCGUGGCGGCAGAUCCGCUUGGCUCAAUCCUUGCUCAACCUGGUGAUCUGAACGAUGUGAAAGCGGAAUAUAAGGUUGAAGGCAUCGGAUACGACUUUGUGCUAGAGGUCUUGGAUCAAUCCAAACCAGAUCUCUGGAUCAAAACCCCUGAUCGGGACUCUUUUCAGUAUGCACGACGCCUUGUGCGUGAGGAAGGGCUUCUUUGUGGGGGUUCCUCUGGUGCAACAGUUGCCGCAUUGGUUUAA